AUGUGUGUUGCCAUCACAUUGUUUUCGCUGCGAGCCCAGCUCAAACUACGAGAGGCCAUGGAACGAUAUGAAACUCGCUUGGGAUGCCGGCGGAUGAUUGAGGUGCAGGCUGACUACGGGAAUUUGGUUGCCUGGCUGUUGGAGGAUACUGUUGCAAGGAAGUAUUCCUGGGAGACGGUCUUCCAGGGCAAAUACCCCUCCAUGCUCGAAGCACCUUGCCUUCGUGGUGACCCGCGAAUGGUGAUACCCGUCACUGUACCUGCCCAACGCAUUUAUCGCGACGGAAAGUUCUACUUGCAAGCACCGGGACCAGACUUCUCUGUGGUGGAAUGCGGUCGCAUUUUCAAUGACGACACGGGCUUUCAAACCUGGGUCGACACCCUCGCUCCGUGGCUUGCACGAGUGUCCUGCACUGUCGGCUUAGUGGGAUUCGUUUGCUCGCUAGCUCGCUUCUCCCGUGCCGAGAUUGCUGCUGCCAAGCAGAACAAGGAUGCUCCCUGGUCCGCAGCUGUCAAUAGAUUGUUGACCGCUUCGCCACCGGAAGCUUUCGUGCCCAAAGUGCAGACCCAGCAAAGCUUGCCAGGACCAUUGUUUCUAGCAUUUCGUGGCAAUAUCAGGCAUGGCUCAACCUGGCUAGCUUCAGCAUUUCAGUGA